AAAGCUUAGGAUAUAAUGUCUGUUAGGUUUGAGGACAGUUUUGUUUGCUGGAAAAUGGCAGAUUGCUUUUGUUCUGGUUGGCCUGAUGAGGCAGCUUGGGCUGAAUGUCCAGCUUCAAUGAACAAAGACUCUUCUUUUCCAUGGCUUCGUCCGAGUGAUUCUUCUUCAUUCCAGUUUAAUGGCAGCCCUUCUGUCUUUCAUUCAUGGCCGACGCCGUUCGUAGCGGUUGGAGAAGACAGAUCUGCAAGUGUUUCUAAUAGCCAUAGUCAAGCAGAGAAGAGAAGAAGGGAUAGGAUCAAUGCUCAGCUUUCUACCCUUAGGAAACUAAUUCCCAAGUCUGACAAGAUGGACAAGGCAGCCUUGUUAGGCAGUGUAGUUGAACAUGUCAAGGAUCUGAAAAGAAAAGCAAUGGAAGUGAGCAAAGUCUCAACCGUUCCAACAGACAUUGAUGAAGUGACAAUCGACUUCGAUUUCGAUCAAGCUUCUUCAAGCUCCACCAGCUGUAGCAAAAUUAGCAAGGACAAUAAUAUCUUCAUCAAGGCUUCAGUCUGUUGUGAUGAUAGACCAGAACUGCUUCAAGAGCUCAGCCAUGCCCUCAAAGGCCUUCAGCUAACAACAGUUCAAGCUGAUAUUACCUGUUUGGGUGGUAGAAUUAAGAGUAUUUUGGUCCUUUGCAGCAAAGAUGGCAAAGAAGGUGCAUGCAUGAACACUCUCAAACAGUCCCUUAGAGUAGUAUUGAGCAGAAUUGCAGCAUCGUCCACCGCCUCAAGUUAUCGGAUAAAAAGCAGAAGGCAGAGGUUCUUCUUGCCCACUGAUCAUUAAUAUCCUCAAGCCUUAACCAUCUUACUAGUCUUCCAUCAUCGGUCUUGGUCGAGUUUGAAAUUUUCUUCCCUUGUUCUAUUCCACCCUGUGACAUGAAUAUGAAUGCUCAGUGAUCUCUCAAAGUUUGUGAAGAUUCAUGGAUGGUCCUUGUAGGGAAGCAAGUUAUCAUGUUGUAGAUUAGUGUGGUUCCUGAGGAGCAAUCGAGCUCCUCUUCAUGUAACACUAGUAGAAAACAAUAUGAUUCAUUACUCAUUAGACGAUUUUAUAUAUUCUAUGGGAAAAAAAAUCCAGUACUGUACAAGGGUUGUAACUAUAGUUAAGUGG